AGUGAAACAAAUCAACUAACAAUGAUGAACCCAAAAGAAGAACCUCGACCAUUUUCAAUAGUUCCCUUACCGCGUCCACCACGUCCAACAACUCCACUUCCACCAAUCUCUCAUUGUAUCACAAUGGCUGACUAUCUACUGUUGGAAAACACAAAAUUCCACAAAACCGCCACUCGAGCGCCAAAAAUCAAAAAAGUGCUUCUAUCACUACUGAAAGAUCGCCCAGAAAUUUGGGACAGAAAAGCACAAUUUUCGGCAAAGAACUGGCAAAAUCUGGGAGUUGAAGUUUAUGAAAGAACAGGAUACAUUGUAAGAUCAAACGAUCUUCACAAAAUGUUAAGAACUGCAAAAGUUGUGUUAAAGAACAAACUUCGAACGUGCAUUGGGAUCAAGAAAUUGGAUCGUGCUGCAACAGAAACUGAGCUUUGGAAAUGGGAAUAUUACCCCCACUUCAUCUAUUACCGUGAGACGCUAGGACACUUCGAGGCAAAUCUUCGAGGCGAGCCCUGGGAUGGAGAAGCUCAUAUUGACGACGACGAUGAUGAUAUUAUUUACGAGGGAUAUUGGGAAGCCGAUAAAAAUAGCAGCAAACUAACAUCUGAGACACAAGACAGUGUUGAUGAAACCAUAGUGGAGGAGGUUCCACUGGAGCCAGACACAAACGUUUUCGACCGCGAAGAAGAAGUAGUGACGUUCAGAAGACCAGAAGCAUUUGCAAGAGCUGUUGAUAAUCACUUUGGACCACCAACGGAACAUUUGCCAGACUCAUCAGCAAAAAUCUAUUCAACAAAUAUUAAAUCCGCUUCAUGCGCACCGGAGAGCACUGAACCACCGAAAAGCGACAACAGUGCUCAGCAUAUUGGAGAACAAGUACAUCGGCUUUUUGCUCAAUACCCGGAACGUUCAAAGCUGUUUAGAGAAACGCUUUUCAAGACGAUUCUUGCACUUGAAGAGCCAGAAUACGAACAUGCUGCAGAAGUAUUCACUGAUUUGGCACAAUCUGAAACUGCAAAGAGAAGACGACGAUCAGAAGCUACUUGGCAAAACGGGCAGUAGAGGAAAACAACACGAAGUAAUUUUGAAAAAUACUCAUCCGAAUUAGGGUUCCAUCGUUAUCUUUCCAAGAAUCUUUUGAUUUAUUUUCUAAAUCUUGAUAUAUUUUUACUCGAUCUGAUACGUUUGUCCAUCUUGUUCAUUCUAGUCAUUACUCAAUAUUUUUGUUAUAAAUUAAUUUCACAAAUGUUAUAAAUCAAUUUCUCAUAGU